CUAUCCUUUACGGGGAAUAAAAUUAAAAGAGAGCAGUUGGUCUUUGUCACGUAGGCUGGUUUCCUUCGUCCCUAAGAUAAGAACUACCAAAAACAAAAACAAAGUUGACAACUUACGAAGAAUUUGAGUAACUUCUUCAUAAAUUCCCACUUUGCAAGUUGCAACCAAUCCAUAGCAUACAAAAUCCUGGAAGGUGUUCUAGAAGUUCAAAAGUGAGAGAGAGAGAGAGAGAGAGAGAGAGGGAGAAGAUAUGAAGGUUUGAACUUUGAAGAGUGAGUUUCUCUUCAGUUUUCAGAGGCUUGAGGAUUAUUUAACAUUGAUUUGAUUAUUUUGGUGGUUUCAGAACAAUCUUGAAAUAGAAAAAUCUUGAACAUCUUUAAUGAGUGAUAUGGGGGAUGCAAACAAGAAGAGUUCUUGUUCAGGGGAUAGCAGCAAAAGCAAGAAGAAAUUGCGGAGGGGACGCAAUGGCUGUGAAUCGCUGGCGGAUAAACUUGAUAACUGGAAGAAGCGAAAUAAAUUUGUUGAAAUUCGCAAGCCUCCAUCCAAGGGCUCCCGAAAAGGUUGUAUGCAAGGAAAAGGUGGGCCAGAGAACCAGACUUGCUCAUAUAGAGGUGUUAGACAAAGAAUCUGGGGCAAAUGGGUUGCAGAAAUUCGAGAACCUGCUGGAAAGACUAGCUUAUUGAAUGCUGCACCAGGGCAUAGGCACUGGUUGGGUACAUUUGCUACUGCCAUUGAAGCAGCUAGAGCUUAUGACUAUGCGGCAAAGGCUAUGUAUGGUUCUAAUGCUAUCCUUAAUUUCCCUGGCUACUCUUUGGAAACUGAGUCUAGAGCAACAUUGAAUGGCUGUGAUGAUUUCCCUGUUGAGAAAUCAAAAACCCAUUGCUCAGGAGUUGAUGGAUUUAAAGAACGAAAUGAAAAAUUAGGUUCUUGUGGGAUUUUUGUUGUUGACGAAUCAAAUGAGAAACUUGAUAAAUCACAAGUGGCAGAGAGUAAUUCAAUAGAGUUGAAAGAUGAGGAAUGUAUUUCAAGAACUGAUUGCAGAUCUUUUAAAGAUGUUAAAGCUAAACCAAUGAUGCCGGUGAAAGAAAUGAAAGCAGAGUUUGCACAAGUUAUGGAAUACCCUGGACAUUACAGCAUCAAUCAUAAAUUUGACUUCUUGCAGAGUAAGUCCAAAAAUGUGAAAGCUGAAUUAAGCACUGAUCAUGAGUGUUCCAAUGAAAUCGAUGUCCUUACGCCCACAAUUGAAGAAAUAGAAGAAGAGCUUGGGAGAAGUAUUGAAUCAAAUCAAUAUGAUGGGUUCAAUAGUAUGCAUAUGCCCUUAAAUGAUGUUGAGAAGCUGAUGAUGAGGAAAGUAAUGGAGAGAGAAUUUCCAGGAAUGGAGUCCGGUUACUGUAAUCGCUUUGAGGUUAGACAUGACAAUAUGAGCAAUGAUUUUAUAGAUAUGAACUGCUAUACAGGAAUUGAUCUUAAGCUGUCUAAGCACAUGGAUGGCACUGAGAACUCUGCACUGAAAGGAGAGAAGAUUUUGGACCAUGAUCACUUUGAAUUAGGCUCUACGAAUUGCCAGCAGAGCACUUGGCCAUCUAAUCUUUCUUCUCACUUGCAGAACCCAAGAACCAAUCUACAAGAAAGCUCCAAUCAUACAGAAGAAGCAAACAGACACUUGGAUUGCAAUUUCAAUUUGUUGGAGCCUGACUUUAACUGGGGUUCAAUGGAAGAGCCUGGAUUGAUUGAACUAUGGGAUUUUGGAUUGUAGUAAUUCUAGAGGCUUGACAUUGGUGUUCAUUUUGUUGAGGAGUGAGGAACAUGAUCAGAAGCAGAAGAAAUAUUAGUCAUAUCUAACUGCUACUCAUACUAUCAUCUUUUCUCCAAAGUAAUUUUGCUCAUAUCUCUGCUUAAUUAGUCAAUGUCAUAUUAUUUGUGGAUUCUUCGUUAAUCUUUGAGAAACAACCUCUUGUAUUGUUCA